CCUGUAAUGAGUGGGAUGUUGCUUGGGUCCACUAGGUGCCAGUGAUGGGUAGUAUAAAGCUGGGUGCAUUGAGUGAAGAAGAACAUAUAACUUGUAUGUGAGAGAUGUCGCCGGUGGAAUAAAGAAACCAGUUCUUUUGCAAUCUUGUGUUCCUCUUAUUUGUAUGAUGCCUGAAUAAUACAUGGUACCAGGAGUGGGGCCCAAAGAACGCAAUGGAUGCCAUUAAACCCCCUGUUUCACUGAAGUUGUGUGGAAACGUUGAUGCAAACUGGAGGACUUUCAAACAACAGUUUGAGUUGUAUGUUACAGCCAUUGGACAAACGGCCGCUGCGGAUGACAGAAAGAUUGCCCUGCUACUUACGAUUGCUGGAGUAGAUGCGGUGGAAGUUUUUAACACCUUUAUCUUUGAGGAUGAGGCAGAUAAGAAGAAACUGGACAAGAUGUUUUUGAAGGUCAAGGAACACUGCCAUUCACUUAUAAAAUACAACUGAGGGAAGAUGCUACACCUGUUAUCCAUGCUCCUCGUCGGGUUCCUGUCCCUCUGCGAGAGGCCUUGAAGCAGGAAUUGGAUCGCAUGACCCAAUUGGAAGUGAUACGGAAGAUUGAACAACCAACCGAUUGGGUAAAUUCCAUUACUUGCGUGAAAAAGCCUAAUGGUGCAUUAAGAGUUUGCUUGGAUCCUAAAGAUCUUAAUGAUAACAUCAAAAGAGAACAUUAUCAGAUACCUACACGUGAAGAGAUUCUUAGCGAAAUGUCCGGUGCCAAGAUUUUUAGUAAAUUAGAUGCAUCUCAUGGUUUCUGGCAGAUUCGAUUGAAUUCUGAGAGUAGCAAGUAUUGCACUUUUAACACUCCCUUUGGAAGAUAUUGUUUUCUGCGUCUUCCAUUUGGAAUCAAGUCAGCUCCUGAAAUUUUUCAUAGAGCGAUGGAAACACUGAUUGAAGGUCUUGACGGUGUUCGUGUAUAUAUUGAUGAUCUGGUGGUGUGGGGGUCUACCCUUGAACAACAUAAUCAGCGACUAUUCCAAUUGAUGGAAAGAAUUCGAGUCCAUGGUUUAAAGUUAAACAGAAGCAAGUGUCAGUUUGGAGUCACAGAAAUAACCUUCUUGGGUGACAAGCUGACUGCCAAAGGUGUAGAACCAGAUCCAGCUAAAGUACAAGCCUUGCUGGAUAUGCCUCCACCUAGUGACAGAAAGGGGGUUCUUCGUGUUUUAGGUAUGGUCAAUUUUCUAGGAAAAUUUCUGCCGAAUUUAUCAGCAAAUACCAAACACCUAAGAGCAUUGUUACACAAUGACAAAGAGUUUGUGUGGUCUUCUUUACAUGAUCACGAAUGGAAGACGUUACAGGAGAUAUUGACUACUGAACCUGUCUUGGUUUUUUUUGAUCACACUCAUUUACUUAAGAUCUCUACAGAUGCUUCACAGGAUGGACUAGGAGCUGUGCUGCUUCAGGCCAUGGGAAAGUCCUGGAGACCUGUUGCAUAUGCUUCCCGAGCUCUGACAGGAACUGAAAAGUGUUAUUCUCAGAUUGAAAAAGAAACUUUGGGGUUACUGUUUGGUUGUGAGAAAUUCCACAGAUAUGUUUAUGGAUUACCUACUUUUACAGUAGAGACAGAUCACAAACCAUUGAUAUCGAUUAUUCAAAAGAACUUAAAUGAUAUGUCAACCAGAAUUCAACGGAUGAUGAUGAAAUUACAAAAAUAUGAUUUUCAUCUAGUGUAUACCCCUGGGAAGUAUCUCAUUGUGGCUGAUGCACUGUCUCGAGCACCGGUACUUUCAGAGAGCAGCCCCAUUGUGGAUGAACUGGAAGGGCAUGUGAGUACUGUGGUUUCCUCUUUGCCUUUUUCGAAUGAGAUAUUGAAACGUAUUGUGGAGGAAACUGCUAAAGAUGUUGAGUUGCAGAUGGUGAUGGUUCUUCUUCGGCAAGGAUGGAGCAAAGGCAAGUGUCUGCAGUAUUUUCCAAUUAGGUCAGAACUUAGUGUAUGUAGUGGCAUGUUGCUGCGAAAAAAUCGGAUUGUUAUUCCAAUGUCCAUGCGUUCAGACAUGCUUCGUCGCAUACAUGAAGGGCAUCUCGGCAUUGAAAAAUGCAAGCGGAGAGCAAGACAAGCUGUGUAUUGGCCUGGAAUUAGUAAGCACAUUGAAGAAUUGAUCAAUAAAUGUGACAUUUGUUUGAGUCAUCAUUAUAGACAAGCAAAAGAACCUAUGCUGAUAGCGGAUGUGCCUAGUCAAGCAUGGGAAAAGGUGGGAACUGAUUUGUUCCAGUUGAAUGGCAAAGAUUUCUUGGUGGUUAUUGAUUACUAUUCUAACUAUCCGGAAAUUGAACAGCUGCGUUCUACAACAACGACUGAUGUGAUUCAUCACAUGAAACAGAUUUUUUCAAGACAUGGAAUUCCCCUCAUUGUUCAUAGUGACAACGGUCCUCAGUACAGUAGUCGUGAAUUCAGACUGUUUGCGGAGCAGUAUGACUUCAAGCAUACAACGUCUAGCCCCCUGUAUCCAAAGGCUAAUGGAAAGGCAGAGAAGGGGGUGCAAAUUGUAAAAAGACUGUUGAAAAAGGCAGCGGUAAGCAAUUCAGAUGAGUGGUUGGCUUUGUUAAGCUACCGUGCUUCCCCACUUGGUUGUGGAUUAUCUCCUGCAGAAUUACUGAUGAACCGGAAACUGCGAGAUACUUUACCAAAAUUGACUUUAAAAAUGGAAAACAAAAGUUUGACAAUGACAGUAAUGCAACAUCAGAAAAUGAAACAGAAGGAGUAUUAUGACAAGGGAGCUCGACAGUUGACACCCCUGUAUGAACAAGAUGUGGUUAGAGUUGAGGGGCCAACAGGAUGGAAAAAGAAGGCUGCUGUCCUAAAAGAAAUACAUCCCAGGUCCUAUUUGGUACAAACAGAAGAUGGGCAGAUACUACGAAGAAAUCGACAGAGUUUGCUCAAGUCUCCAGAAAUGAGUAAGUCAAAUAAGUCAAAUAUAGAACUGUCUUCUUUGGAUGAGAUGUCAUCUGCUGAAAUGCGAGCUGCUGAAAUUUCCCCUGUUGCUCCUGAGCCUGAAGCUCAGCUCUCUGAACAGUACUCUGAACCUGAUUCUUUGGAUUCAAAGACUGACAGUCCCAUUUUAAGGAGGUCUAAUCGUGUUCGAAAACCACCUGUUAGACUAAACUUGUGAAAAAAAAAAAUCAAUAAAAAAAGAAAAAGAAAAAAAAAUGUUGAAAAGAAUUAAAAAAAAAAAAAAAAAAAAAAA